GAUCGCAACCUUGCGCAAUGAUCAUCCGCGCCGUGAGCGACAGCGACAGCGACGACGACCUACUGAGCGCCGCCCAGGCCGCAUCAGCUCCUCGUCGCUCUGUAUUCGACCCUCCUGAACUUCCCAACUCCACAAAAGGCAAUACCGCUCGAUACUCAUGGUUCGCGGCAUGUGGGACUUUGGUUUUGCUGCUGCUCGUGGACCUGGCUGCCAUGUUCGACCCUUCCCCCGACGUCUUCGCGCUGCUUCCACUGCUAACACCCACACUUUUCUACGAUGAGACCAUCAUUCUUUAUCCUACUGCGUCCAUUAUCAAUCAAUUCGUGGGCUUGGCGCUUGUCGGCGUCUGGAUCUACACAAGAGAGAAGAGCUUCGCCUCUGGAGACUCAACACAAUGGCUACGCAACGCCCGCUACGGUCCAUUGACAGUAGGGGCUCUACUCUGUCUAGGCCACGUCGUAUCGUGUCUAUAUCUUCUCUUCGCGCUGCUGGAGAGCAACGGAGACCGCACCAAGUUCUGGCUCGGACGAAAGCAUUCCCGACACAGUACAAAUCCCUACGGACGCGUCUAGUGCCCGACUAGAGUUUUUGCCGUCUUGGCUGCUUCAGGGUCCAGCACUUGGUCUAAAAUGUCUUUUAUAGAGUUAAUCUGCAUAUUAUCCGCCUUCUUCCAGAGCUUAUAGUUCUGGUGAGCCUGAUCCAGAAUGGUCUUAAAUUCGGGACGGAAUACCGCUUCAGCCACCACUUCGAAGAACGGUAACACGAUAAACUCGAAGAACCCGACUUGGUUACGAGCGCUAUUCUCGCUGUUUCGGUUCAUGAAAGGCGAGAUAUCCAUCCCCAGAGUGUGUUCGUCGUCUCCCUGCAAGAAAAACUCCUCAAUAAUGAGAUCAGACCAGCGAGAGUGAAGCUUCAAGGCCUUGGAGGAGUGACCGAGAUCUGCACACUUGAUAACGAUCUUCAUAAGUAGCAUGGGGGAGUGCUCUACCUCUGCAUCUUCCUGCGAGAUCAGCGCCGUCUUCAAGCUUCCCACAAGCUGCAGAUGAACAGUAAGGUCGGUUGAUAGCACCAUCUCUACGAUGGCCUUGCGUACUUCGCUGUACUGACCAGGUGAAAGACCCACGAAGAUGUUAAAAAGGGGGUCUUUAGCUAAGAAAAAGGCUUCGGAUAAGUGCAUGCGUUCCAGAACGGACGAGUCGCUGAACUCGAUGGCCAAGUCACUGCCGCUCUUAAUCAUAAAGUUGUUGUUCUUGCCUGGAUGCCUGAAAUCGUGGAUAGCAGCAGCGAUGAUCGCAGCGAAGACUUCCUGGUAAGUGAGUAAAUCCUGCAAGUAUCCAUUAUCCAUGACCGAGAUGAGAUAUUCCACUGAGCUGACGACAUCUGCAGCGUGGCAAUUGUUAUGCUGACAAACAACACUGGUUAGUCUACUGAACGUAAAAAAAAAAUUAAAUUGUGGCGUACGUAAGGAUUCCGAUGGUAUCCGAUGUCCAAGAAGUGAAGGAAGUUGGCCAGUGUGUCUUUGUUGACGGAGCAGAGGUCGAAGAGGUUGUGCUGCUCGAAGGCAAUAUACAGCGUCCACCUAAGACUUACUCGAACGUAUCGACACUCCAGCCAUCGCGUUCCAUGAGUUCUCCAACAGCAUUCAACACUUCAUCUGUCGGCGCUGUAACUUCUGGAUGUAGUCGUGUUUCAACACGAUUGGUUGGACUCAAGGAGACACUUGAGUUGCUGGAGCUCGCUGUCAUACUUCUAUCUGAAUCCUUGAUACUCGCAGGAUUCUCGAUGCUAUUCUGAAACACUGCGGAGGCUCGACGAUUACGUGUGUACGACUUGUUAGCAAGAACUGUAGUAGCCCACGACUUAAUGUCGCCGUCCAAGUCUCCAUCGCGCUUCAUUUUGAGCUGUUCAUGAAUAUCCGGCGCGAAGAGAUUUUGACCUUUUCGCAUGAGUAAAGUCACGAUCCCGUCCAGAUUUUCACGAAGUUCCGGUGACAAUUCAGUGGCGCGUUGCAAGGCCUUGAGAUCCAGUAAAACUUUGGCCAUAGGCGAGUCAAAGUCCAAUGGCGGGCUGCCAUCCCCAUGCCCACCUACGCGUUCUUCCAGCAUUUUCUUGAGACUUUUAUUCUCGUUGAGAAUAAUUUCUUUCUGUAAAUGAGACGCACGCGCUCGUUCCUCGACGAUCUUAGCAUGCAGGAAAUUGAGUCGCAAGAAGCGAUCGGUUUGACGGACACGGACCACUAGGACUGCUGAUACACAGACCAGAGUGAAGAUCAACAAGAACUUGUUGACCACGAAGAUAGUCGAGCUUGAGGCAGGGUAUUGAAGCGAGACGAGGAUGCAGAACUCCACGUUAAUUACAAACGCCAGUAGUAAAUAAUGGAAAGCGUCAAGCUUGAACAGAGGCGCCACUAACAAUACCACCAGUGGUCGCAAUAAGUUCAUGUUCAGAUGUGCCAUAGGAAUCGCCACUACAGAAUUCAGAUUGACAUUAGUAAAGAUCUCUUUAAGCAGAUGAUCAGUUAACGUACCUCGGUUAAUAUAUGUCAGCACAAGGUCAUGGCCUGAC